CGCCCUGGACAUUUCACUGCAUACUUUUCCAUGAUUUAAACCGUGAUGUAAAUUUUCAUUUCUAAUAAUGACAAAAACAUUCUUAACAAUAAUAUCUUGAAAGUCAUGGUCCGUUCGAUUGAAGUCGUAUAUCAACAUUAGAAUUUUUGUAUAACUAGUAAAACUCUUGCACACGCACACUCUGAAACGUGUAACGAAACCACACCACGACGUAAACAGAACACAGAACAAAGCAUCAUCUGCCAGGAUUUACGAAAAUUUCGUCACUCUGAUCGUAUUGCAAUGCUCUUUCUGGGUUUGAUAUAACUGCGACGGUGAAUUCUUCAACUGCUAAUUCACUGAGGAAGCUGAUAGAUUACAAAACGGUGUAAUGGAUUGAAUAUUUGAAGUAAUUGUCUUUUCCACCAUAUAAUUGAACAGUUAUCUGCUAAUAACUCUCUGAUUCCAAGAAGCAUUCAAGUUUCUCUCCAAAUAAUAAAGAAAAUCAUUGCAGGCAAUCUUCACAGUUUCUGGAAGGAAAAUGACUAUUCGGAAACUAAGACUGAUUUCACUUCAAAGAUCCAUAAUUUUGUGUAUAAUUCUCCUUUUGUUUGCAAUCGCUUUGUCAUACUAUAUUUUAAUCGGAGUUUACACCGUAAUUGAACCUGAUGUAAAUUGUAUUUCGAAUAAACCACAACAAAUUGUAUUUAUUGGAGGUUACCCAAGAAGUGGCACCACUCUUAUGCGUGUCUUGUUAGAUGUACAUCCAAUGAUUCGGUGCGGUCCCGAAACUAGAGCAAUACCCAAGAUCCUCAACUUACGAGGUCAGUGGAGUAAAGGAAAAGAAAUUGAACGACUUAAAGCUGCUGGUCUAUAUCCCGUUGCAGUCGAUUCUGCUGUACGAUCAUUUAUAUCGUCUUUGAUCAAAAAUGCCGGAGAAAAUGCACCUGUUCUGUGUAAUAAAGAUCCACUAUCAUUUAUUCAUCUUGAAUAUUUGGCGGAAAUAUUUCCUGAGGCGAAAUUCGUUCACAUGGUACGUGAUGGGCGUGCUGUGAUCAAUUCACUAGUAAAACGAAAGGUUUCCAUUAAAGGAGCACCUAAACUCAUAGAUGAAAAAUUUUUUGCUUGGGAAAAUCGAGUAGGUCAGAUGUUAAAAUCAUGUGCAGCUGUUGGACAUAAACGAUGCACAACAAUCAAAUAUGAAUCAUUGGUACUCAGACCAAGUGAAGUUCUGCGUGAACUGUUUGAAUUCCUCGAAAUACCAUGGGAUUCAAUCGUUCUUCAUCAUCAAACGGUCAUGAAUAAUAGUUCUCUAAGCAAACUCGAACCGAGUACUUCACAAGUUGUUCAUCCAAUCCACUUGGCCUCACUAACUUCAUGGGCUUCCAGUGGAUCAGUGUUACCUGAAUCCUUCAUCUCAUCAAUACACAGAGAAAGUGAUGUACUGAAAACACUUGGUUACGCUGAUUUGGGUGUACCACCUGAUUACGGUACUCCAGAGAACCAGGUGGUCAAUAUAACUAGUCACCUGAUCAAUGAUCCACAAUUCAGACGGAUAUUCUAACUGCUGUUAUGGUUGUCUGUGAUGUUGAUGGUUUGUGGUAACAUUUUGUAUUGUAGUAAUCUUCUACUUUUUAUUUUCUAACUUUCUCUUCAUGUAACUUCAUAAUAAUAAUUAUGAGAUUUGUGGAAUUUCUCUCUAUCUCUUUCUUUUUUGAAGAAUAUUCAACCAACAUAUCUUUAUCUGUGAUUAUGGUCCUUUAUAGUUUCUAUGUUGACUUUGUUUUAUUUUUAUAUACAUACGAUAUGUGAUAACAAGAAAUUAUUUUUUGAAUAAUAAAUUUUGAAUCCAGUUUAUUAUUUUAAAGGAAUAACAAGUAGAUAUAUGAGUGAGACAUUGUAUAAACGAAAUUUCGAAGUAUUGGCCAGUCGGUAUUUUUGAAUUUAUAUUUGAAUAAAUUUUUUAACUAUUU